AUGUCAAUAAUGAGUUCAGUUCCAUGCUCUGGUCUGACCGCACAAGAAGGAAUACCAGAAUGGGAUCAAAACAAUACAACGACCUUGAUACAAAUGUACAAAGAAAGAAAAUGCCUCUGGGACACGAGCCACGAGUUUUAUAAAAAUCGACGUUUCCGUCGCGAGGCUCUCACGGAAAUGGCGAAUCAUUUUAAUUGUUCAUUAGCGGACGUUGAAAAGAAAUUAUACAUGCUUCGUAGUUCAUUUAGGAAAGAAUAUCGUAGAUGGAAUUAUGCCAAGUUAAAUGCAGGCCCUAACAAUACAUUUCUAGUCAGAAAGCCUCAAUGGUUCGCAUUGGAUUUACUUAUGUUCCUUAAGGAUGACGUUGCUAAAAAAUCAGUGAUACCACUCAAUCCGGUUACCACGGACUGUGUUCAACAGCAGCAAAUUCAACAAAAUCAUUAUCAUCAUCAUCAACAACAACAACAACAGCAGCAGCUUCAUCAACAUCAACAAUCGCAACAGGAAGCUCAUCAACAAACUCAACGGGAUUUGGACUUAAGUAUACCGGAAAUUCAAAAUGUUUUUUAUUACGACAGCGAGAACAGCACUUUAACGCCGUUGGAACCAGGCGAAGUUACCUUGGAUUACAAUCUUCAAUGUCCAAUACAAGUACCCGAAUUGAAACAGUCGCCUGGUAAAACCUUGAAAAGAAGUUCUAACGUUGAAUCAAAUCUUCUUGAACUGAAUAACAAACGACAAAAAAAUAAAGAUCCAGAGGAUACUCGAUUACGCUUAAUAAAAGCGUCCCCGAUCGAUGUUCAAGAGAAGGACACUUUUACGGCCUUUGGUAAUUUCGUUGCGGAAGAAUUGCGAAACAUAAAAGACACCGGUCAGAUGCAAUUAGCCAAAUUACGAAUUCAUCAAAUAUUAUUCGAUGCGACGCGCAAUUUUUUGAAAGUUCCAAUACCAAGAUUGUGAAGUUUUAAAUACAUAACAACGUUAAGUUACUUCUUUUUUUUUUUUCUUUUUUUUUUUUUUUUUUUUUUUACACGUUAAAAAUAUUUACACAUCCGUUUGACUUCGUUUAACGAGCCUAAAAGAAGAAGAAGAAAAAGAAAAAAAUGAAAAAUAAAAUUACAAAUAUAUUCUUGGUGAUAAAACAAAAUUCAUGAUUCCCAUUAAGCAGAUACAAGGAUCACUGC